AUGUUUAAGUUCAUCAACACGACGGACGGCCGUCCUCAAAAGAGAAAACAAGCACAGCAGGCUUGCGAGACCUGUCGAAAGCGAAAGAAACGUUGCGAGCAUCUGGAGAAUGCCGUGGCAUCUCCGCCCAAGACUCCCGACUCCGAGUCGGCGCGUACCUCAGCACGGCCAAGGCCGACGCGGAGACCCUCUGAUGCUGUUGCCGCCGUCCCCAAGAGAACGCCAACCAAUGUAAAAUCAACUGAAAAAUCCAACGAGGAGUCGUCCGCAGAUGUACGGGACCGAUCAUGGGAAUCCGCUAAUGACCAGGCGUUGCCGCCGCGACAUCAGGCUGUUGACAAUGACUCUAGUCAGCACGACGAUGCCCGAUUUGUUGGUGACUUAAACCCUGAGGGAGCUUUUCUUGCAGAUAGUCCCGGCACAAGUCGCGGCUAUGCAGAGUCUCAUUCCGUGGGCGUCUGGUAUUCACGUAGAAGCGCGAAGAAUAAUGACCAAACUGCAGAGCUGGGAUCUGCUGUAGCAGUUGAUCACAUGGAACAUCGAUUCCUCGCUGUACUGCCAAGAAAGGAAAAUUACGAAAAGCUUGAAAAGAUCUAUCUUCGAGAUGUCCACAGAAUACUCCCUGUCAUCAACCUAGACAUCCUCCGCAAGCCGCCAUCAAUUGUAUCGCAAGCCCUUUGCAAGCAAGCUAUCUGCCUGGCUGCAGGAUCCAGUCCUAGCGCCAAGCCUUUCUUGACACUUGGAGAGGAUUCGUCGAUUGUCUUGGCUUACCCAGAGUUCGCUCAACAGCUGUCAUCUGCUAUGCGCAAAGUCAUAGGCCUUGGCUUAAUGAAAGAUAGAGUCCAGACAACGGCAAUUCUGGUGAUUCUCUCCCUUUAUACACAUUUUUCCGAGGACCGGCACUUGUCGGCAGAACUGGCGGCACAGGCAGUCAGUAAUGCACAAACUGUCGGACUCCACCUACAAAAUCCGCCAGCAAGGAGCGAGGAUCCAGCUUAUCUCACUCGGUUAUUCUGCUGUGUUUGGGCAACAGACCAGCUCACGGCUGCCUUUCAUGGACGACCUGUAAUGAUGCACGAAAGAGACCUGGGCCGAGAUGUGCAGGCUUGUAUUCAACAGCAAGAUAGCUGUUUUCGUCUAUUUCUUGAGAUAAUGGCUCUUCUAGGUCGUAUCAUCGAUCUAUAUCGUCCCGCUAGGAGGACCUCAAGUUGUCUAGUUAUGGAAGAUCUUCCCAGCUUCGAAAAUCUGAUCGAGAAGGCCCAAGCAUUGCGAGUAGAAUCCCGCCUUCUAGCUUCUGUUGAGCUUCUGUACCACGCUAUUGCCAUGCUUUCAUGCAGGAUACCAGUGGGACCAUCUCAAUCUGAGCAAGCAUCUUUAGCAUACACACGACAAUCUCUUUCUGCUAUUAAAGUCACUACAGUUGUCGAAGAUUUUGGUACUUCACUCUCCUACAUGACGUUUGUCCCAUACGCAGUUUCACUGUCUUUGAGAGUUGCAUACCGAGAGCUCCGCUCCAGCAAAGUGCCUAUGCUGACUGCAAGGUCACGCCGUCAACUCCAAGCAACUUGUCGCAUAUUGAGAGACCUCGGUGGCAUGUUUCGGUCUGCUUUGGUCAUGGUCGACCUCGCUGAGCAAGUCCUCCAGGAAAUGGACCAGGUUUGCUCGAAUGCAGCCAAUAAGUCAGACGAACAGGGCACAAGCAAUUCUACAAAUGCCGUAAACACGCCCCAUCAGGAGAACGCCCCCGCUCAAUCUGGGCCCGAUAUGGCAAGCAGUUUAGGUGUUACUGAUUUGUCUGAACCGCAAGGAGACCUGGCGGGUGUCUUUGAUUCAUCUUUCUAUGAAGGUCCUGCUGGUCUGGACGUAUUUGAGUUUUUCGAUCCACGUUUCGAUCUUAAUGCCAUCGACGCGAUACUCGGAGGCGAUGCGCCCCCUGAAUUGGGUCAUAUAGCUCCUCUACCCUAA